AUGACUUUGUUGGCUUCAAGUCUAGGCUUUUCCUCCACCAGACGCGAAAAGCAGACCUUGGUCACUGACAUGGACGGAACCUUGCUCCGAGGAAGAAGCUCCUUUCCUUACUUUGCACUUGUUGCUUUCGAGGUUGGUGGUGUUCUAAGGCUUCUCUUCUUGCUCUUGGCCUCUCCACUAGCUGGACUUCUCUACUACUUCAUUUUGGAGUCUGCAGGGAUUCGAGUUCUCAUCUUUGCAACGUUUGCCGGCAUGAAGGUGGCAGAUAUCGAGUCAGUGGCGCGUGCAGUGCCGCCUAAGUUCUACUCCAGUGACUUGCAUCCCGAGGCGUGGCGUGUGUUCUCUUCGUGUGGGAGGAGGUGUGUGCUCACCGCGAAUCCGAGGGUUAUGGCGGAGGCAUUCUUGAAGGACUAUUUAGGUGCAGACAUGGUUUUAGGUACUGAGAUUGGUGUGUAUAAAGGUAGCGCUACUGGUCUGGUGUGCGCUCCUGGAAUAGUUGUUGGGAAGAACAAGGCUAUGGCUCUCAAUAAGGCUUUUAGUGAUACAUGUAUGCCAGAGAUUGGACUUGGUGAUAGGAAAACUGAUGCCCCCUUCAUGAAACUAUGCAAGAAUUGUUUCAAGACUCUCCAUCUGCGAUCAGUUACUGGUCUUGCUGAGGAUAUAGUUCCUGCUUUGUUCUCGGAUUUCAAGUUUCUUGAAUGCUUGAAGCUUGAGAAAUGCAUUGGGUUGCGAUGUCUAGAGAUAAACGCGGGUGGUUCUCUCAAAAGCUUGACAGUGGUGGACUGUCCUGACUUGGCUGAGAUUACUCUUUCUGCUUCUAAUCUCAAAUCCUUCUCGUAUCAAGGAGUUCUUCCUCGGAUUCAGCUGAAGAAUGGCGUGAACCUUGUUGAUGUCAUGCUCGAUAUGAGAGCCGUUAUAGGCCACAAUGAGUUCGAUUGUGAGGAGCUUUUAUCAUUACUAGCAGCUUUAAAGGAUGUUCAGAUUCUCACUCUCAGUGGUUGGCUUCUUGAGUUCUAG